UUAACACAAAAAGGAGUUGAUACUGAUUUAGUGGAUGGAGAAUAAACCUCAUCAUUCAAAUAAAUCAAGCAGUGUCCAGACAAGCUUAAAGGAGCAUUACCGCCAUCUACUGGACUGGACAACCGUUGACUGCCUCGACCGUGUGUGUCUGCCUGGUGUCUGCCUAUGGUGUCUGCAGAGCAGAGAAACAAGAUGACCCGUUGGGCCUUUCUUGCUCCCCUUCUGCUCCUUCUGAGCUUCUUUAUCAUCAGUGCGGUCACUCAGGACGCCGAGGACCCAGCAGCACCAACACCAGCCCCGGCCUCUGAUGGCACACAGGCAGAGGACCAGGAUGAGGAGUGGGGUAUUCACAACCUGAGAGGAGGCUUUGAGUCAGUCAGUGGCUACUUUGACUCCAUGCUGGAGUUCAUGGGUGGACGUGAUGGAGUGUGCCAAUACCGCUGUCGAUAUGGUAAAGAUCCUGUUCCUCGUCCUGACUUCCAGAUGCCAGAGCCUAAUGGUUGUAGCUCCUACUUCUUUGGCCUCCCUGUUCCAGAAGGGAUGGACAUGGGCAUCCCUGCCAUGACCAAGUGUUGCAAUCAGCUGGAUAUGUGUUACGACACCUGUGGCUCCAACAAGUACCGCUGCGACUCCAAGUUCCGCUGGUGCCUCCACAGCAUCUGCUCCGACCUCAAGAAGAGUCUUGGCUUUGUGUCAAAAGUAGAAGCGUGUGAAACAGUAGCAGACACCUUGUUCAACACUGUGUGGACUCUGGGCUGCAGACCCUACAUGAACAGCCAGAGAUCAGCAUGCUACUGUCAAGGAGAGGAGAAGGAUGAACUUUAGAUAAACACACAAAAAAACAAUCCUAUUUAUAACAGUUUGACCUAGGGCAAUGUAUUCGAUGCUGGUGCUGUGAGUUGUGAUGUUGCAGACCCUGCUGUGUGAUGACUGGAGUAAUUUAUUUGGAAGUUCUCCUGGUUUUGUUCAAGAACUUUGUUUGACUUUAAAAUACAAUUUGGAUGUUGUCAAAAGUUUGACUGCAAAACUGUUUUUUUUUUUUAGUUUCCAGAUGUACUUUAGUGCUUUCUGCAGUCUCAGCACCAAUAUAGAUAGUUAUGGAAAUUGAUUUAAUAAAAAGAAAAUGUCUGAGUUGUCACUUUUGCAUCACAGUGAAUAGAUGAUACCCUGUGUUUCAGAGUUUGUGCUAUCAAGUCUCAUCUGGUUAAGUAUGCUUUAUAAUUUAGUAAAGUUAUUGAAAGGA